CAGGUACAACACAAAAAAAAUUAAUUGAAAAAAAACCUCUAAUACGGGAUGUUACCAAACCAGAAGAUUUAUAUAAAGGCAAUCAAUCAAUUUAUAAUAGUAUAAUAUUUGAUAUUCCAACACCUAAUCUAGAAAAUAAUGAUACUUCAUUUAUACAAAAUGAAAAUGAACAUAAUGUGUCAUUAACAGAAGAAAUUUGUCACAAUGAAAAACUUCAAGUUGAAAAUGAUGUGACUUGUAAUGAAAAAAUAUCUGACAUGAAUUUGAGUGCUAAGUUUAUUGAUACUCCAAAUAUUGAUCAUGAAAAAAAUGUUGAAUUAAAGUUGCCUAAUAAAUUGAAUGAAGAUAUAAAUCAAAAUAUUGAUAAUUCAGUAGAGUUUCAAGAACUGUUAUUUAAUCAAUGCUUGUCAAGGAAAAAAUGUUCUUCAGAAUCAACUCAAACCGAUGAUUUUAACAAUUUGUCAUCAUUAUUUUCUUCAAAAAGACCUCCACCUCCUAUGAAUUUUAUUUCUGUAUUAAAGUGUAAGUAUCGCUUACUAGAAAUAGAAAAUGAUAAUUUGGAAUUUUCUAAAUCUAUUGCUGAUUUAAGAGUGAAAGAAUGUACUAUUUCAAAUAGUUUUAACAAUAAAAAUUAUAUCAAUAAAUCUGUUGAGGGUAAUAUUCAAGAAGAAUUAGAUGACACAAGACAUUUAUCAAAUUUUAAUUGUAAUGAGCGAAAACAUUUAAAUGAUGAUGAAUCUUCAUUAACCAAUGAGAUUAUUAAAUCAGAUCAGAAUGGUAUAUCUAUGAAUCAUGUUACUGAAGAAAAUAUCAGUAAUAAAAAAUUACAAAUAGAAAAUAAUGAUAAAUUAAAUAUUACAUACAAUGAAGGUAGUCAACAUGUUUUGAAAAAAUUGAAUUGUGACUUAGAAUGCUUGACAAAAAUUAGUUCUUAUAACAAUGACAACUCACAUAAUGUAUCUAUAUCUAAAGAUUUUAAAAAAUGUGAAGCUAAUGCUAUAAAUAAAACAUGGCCUUACUUUUCUGAAAUUCAUGAUGAAUUUAAAGCAGAACUUAAUCUUCUUGAACAAUUAAAUGAUUCUUUAUGUGAUAUAGAAAAAAUGAGUUCCAACAAAUCAAUUCAAAAUAAUGAACAGACUAAUGCUCAUUAUCCCAUUAAUGAUUUCAAUUUUGAAACUAGUUUUAAUGGUUUACUUCACAAUAACAAUAAACCAACACAGUUUUCAAAAAUCAAUGAUUUAUCUUCAAAUAUGAUGUCUGUAGAUAAAACAAUAACUAGUUUCUCUAUACAAAUGUUUGAACAAUUGAUUAAGGAUGAAGAACUCAGGGCAAAACAACAUCAUACUAUACUUAAUUUAAAGGAAAAGUCAUUAACUAAUCGAUUAACAUGGGAAGGUACAAUGUAUGAUUUACAAAUGAGGAAUUUAAAAAACCAGUCAGGUUAUGAAAAACAGUUACAGUUGUUAAAACAAAAACAAAGAGGUAGUAUUAAAAAGCUAGAAAACUCAUUAUCUCAAAUAAAGCGACUUCGGAGAGUAAUUGAUUCUGUAUACAAGCAACGACUUAUUAUUCUUGAAGAACAGUUACAGCAUUUAAAAAUGCAAUCAUCCUCUAAAAAAGUCAUACGUAAAUUAAAAAGUUUAGAUCAAAUUUCCAAAAAAGAAGAAUUUACUAACCAACCACUUAAUUCUAAUAUUUCUAAACGAUGUAAUAAGACUGACUUUUAUAAUGCUAUUGAAAAUGAAGAUAAUAAUGUAAAUCUUAUUGAAUUUAAUAGUGAAUCAUCAAAUAAUACAUCGUCACCUGCUAUAGUUGAAGAUAAAUCUAAAAUUGUUUUUAAAAACCAAGCUAUCUCUCCUAUUAAUAUUGGAAAAACUAUUUUCAAGCCAACUGAAAUUGCUAAUGAUCAAACCGAACUUAAGUGGAUCCUUCCACCACAGCCUGUAAUCAAUAAGUCAAUAGAAACUUCUUCAACAGUUUGCAAUCACAUAAGUCUUAAGAAUUCAAAUUCAACCGAUUUGAUUCAUCAAAAUGAAUUAUUUUACGUAAAUAAAAUCAUGGAUGAACCAUUAUUACCUCAAAAUUCUUCCAUAAGUCUUGUUAAUCCAAAGGGAUAUAUCUCAGAAACAUCAAAUAGUACAAAUUCAGAACAGAGUGAUAUUGAUGUACGAAUAACAGAAUUAGAAGAAAAACUUGAAACUCGAAAAUCAGAAUUUUCUAAAAUUAAAAAUAAACAAAAAAAGUUAAGAACUGAGUAUCUUAAAGCUAAAGAGCAAGAACUAUUGAAACAGAUAGAGCUAUAUGAUAAUAAAAUUGAAAAAUCAAAAAAAAAUUUACUAGCUGAAGUAGAGAAAAAAAAUAUUCAACUAACUAAGUCUUCAAUGAAACAUGAUUCUUCUUCUAAACAGUCUAAAUUUUCUAUUUUUGAAAAGGUGAAUUAUGAUUAUGAUCGCGCAACUGAAAAACAUGGUCAAAAUUUGCCUAUGUCAGAUAAAAUAACAUGGACAGAUGGAAAAGAAUUUUUUUAUCCAAAAAUAACUAACCAAACAAGUAAUAAUGAAUUAAAAACUCUUAAAUCAGCUUACGAGUUACCACAACAAAAUGCAUUUACACCAAUAAAACAUUUAAGUUUGUUUUCAAAUAAUAGUAACUCGAUCAUAGUUGAUUAUAGUAAACUUAGAAAACAAUUAUUUCAAUACUUGGAGACAAAUAAAGUUUGUGAAACUGUACCAUUACAAAAUGAUUCAACUAUAUUAGAAGUCAAUAGUUUUAAAGAGUCUCAAUACAUUCAAUCUAAUUCUCAAUCCGUAGAAAUUUCAAGUCACCCAACAAAAAAUCAUGAAGUAAAUUUACAAGAAGAUAAUUUUUCUUGUAAUAUUAAUGAUGUUCAUAUAAACCCAGAAGGUCGUUUAUGUGAGUAUUCUAUUCCUCAUGUAGAAAUGCUAAAUAAAAAAAAUAAUCAAGAUUCACAUAUUGAAAAUAAUACAAAUGUUCUGAAUAUUACAACAUCUUGUAGCAGUAUAAAUAAUGAUUCUUCAACAAGUUCAUCAACUAGUAGUAAUAUUCAAAGAACACCUAAUGAAAAUGAUAAUAAUUUAUUUGAGGAAAAAGAAGAUAAUGUUAGUCGAUAUAAUAUAUUAAAUAUUGAAACUGAUGAUUAUAGUACAGAUUUUACUUCAGAUGAAAAUACACCUGAGUUUCUAAGAUUGAAUGAAAUAAAUAAGCAUAAUAGUAUAAUUGAAUCACAAAUGACAGAAGAAAAUGAAUCUUCUUAUGAAGAAGAAAGAAGUGAAGGAGAUAUUAUGUUUGAAGAUAAGACAUUUAUUGAAAAAUAUUCGGGCUGUAGUGAUGUAGUUCAAAAUGAAAAACAUACUGAAAAUGAAGUUGAUAAUAUAACAAAUAAUAUUUUUUAUGGUCUUCUUAAAGAUAUUAAAAUACUAGUAGAAUUCAACAAUAAUAAGGCACUAUUAACUCGUUCAGAAAAAAGUGAUCUUAAUAAUUUGACUGGAGAAACUCCAUUAUUAAUGAUACUAAAACGCGAAGAAGAACUUAAAAAUAUGAUUCUUUUGUCAGAACAAGCAACUAGCAUUUCAAAAGCACUUUUAAAACGUCAUUUACAACCAAUUAUAUCCGAAGCAUUUAUAUAUUUGUUACCUAGAUUAAAUGAAAUGGAACAGGAAAAAUUAAAAGUUUAUUUGAACUGGUCAUGUUCUAAAAGAAAAAAAUUGAAAUUAUCUAAAUAUUUCAAGUCUCAACACAAAACUGAUGAUGUUGAAAAUGAUGAAUCAUUUGAAAUAUUUUAUCUGAAGUAUCACGAGCAGAAAUCUUUGAGUUUUCAUAAUGAAAAUAGUGAUGUUAUGCUAUGUCAAACUCAAAAAGAAGCAGAAAAACUAAAGUUAGAGCAAAUACGCAUAGAAGAAGAAAUUGAACGACUUCGCAUGACUGAAGAUGUACAGAUUUUUCUCAGAGAAAUACCUAACAAACCACCUCCACCUUAUAAGAGUCCUACAAAAAUAAAAUCACUUAUUGAUAUGCCUUAUACAUCUGAUGAAAUGCAUAAAAUAGUCUUAAUGGCUACUAAUCAAUUAUUCAAGGAUUCUCAAAGUUCAAUGUCAACAAAUUAUAUUAUAAAUUUUGAGUCAAGUUUGCAUGCUGACUAUAAAAAAUUGAUAUUUGAUUAUUGUAAAGAAAUAAUUCAAGAUACAUUUAUCAAUGAAAAAAAUGCACCUAUUUGGGAAAGAUCUGUAAAAACUUUGAAACAAUUUCGAGCCAGACCAAAAAAUCCUAUUGAUUUAAGUGAUGUUGUUUUGAAAAAAAUGGAACAAAUUAUUGAGAUAGAUGAAUGCGAAGAGAAGGUAAAUAAAUUUGUAAUAAAACAAAUGCAUGAAGAGGAUAGUAAAUGGACUGAUUUUGAGAUGGAUGAAAUGGUUAUACAAAACAAUAUUGUUCAAAAUAUAAUGAAAAAAUUGAUUAGUGAUACAAUAAUAAAUAUUAAAACAAAUUUUUAUUUGAAAUUUAUCUAAUCAAAGUUGACUUUCUUGAUUAAUAACUGAAGUAU